AACCCGUAUGGAUACCAUAUACUUCACUUACUUUUCAUCUUUCACAUUUAGCCUGGCACCUAUUCAUCUCGCCUAUUCAAGAUACUUACGGCUGACGGAAUUAUCCUCUCCAAUUAUAAUGCUUGUGCUAAUUUUGACCGUUGCCUAGUAUUGACACUGCGGCUUGGAAAUCAACUUCUUCAUGCAACCUGGAAAUGAAUCAAAGGACUCUACUAAAGUCCUCGAACUCUCUAAGUUCUCCUGUAUACUUUGCAACCAUCGCAAAGUAAAAUGCGACCGACUUUCUCCAUGUUCCAACUGCCAAAAGGCCCAUAGCGAGUGCAUCUACCGCGUCCCCCCUCCCCCGCGAAGGCGGAAGCGCAAGAUCGGGGACGGCUCGCUGGACGUCGGUUCUAAAGAUGAAGUACCUCCGGAAGAGAAGCUCCAGAUCUACGAAACGGCCCUACGUGGGCUCGGUGUGAAUAUUGAACGGCUACUAAGGGGGGAAGGGACCGGACCGGAAAUCAAAGAGCUAGGAGCCUUUUUACCGAAAUCCACCACGAAAGAAUCCAGGCCCGAAAGACUUCCCGGGAAUGAUUGCCGCCCGUCGGCGGGUUCGGAGGACAAUCCGAGUGAGAUGGGCAAGUUGAUCGUCGGGAUGGAUAAUCUGGGCAGAUCUACGUACUUCGAGAACCAUUUAUGGAGAGACCUGUCAGAUGAGAUGAAAUCCCCCAAAGACCUCGCGUUAAAUGACUGGGAAGAAGAUAAAGAGCACCAAGACGACGAUGGACAUCAUUCUGCCGCUGAUAAUCGCCUCGAUUCGUUGCUUUUCGGUGUUUCUCCUCUUCUAGCUGACUUGAGAGACCUCCAUCCCCACGUGGAUCAGAUACUAAAGCACUGGAAAGUGUUCAAAGAAAGCAUCAAUCCGAUACUCAAAGUCAUCCAUAUUCCUACCACCGAAGCUAAGGUCAUCGAGCUCGCUCCUAAGCUAGCUCGGCGUGAAGAGGUGCCCCUGAGUUUUGAAGUGCUCCUAUUCGCCAUUUAUUGCAGUUCGAUCUUUGCUUCAUCCCCUCAAGCAUGUCAAGCACGUUUCGGCGAUUCCUAUUCAAUCCUAUUAGUUAAGUAUCAAGGAGCACUGAAUCUAUCGUUGCAAAAAGCCAAAUUCCUGAGUACUUCAGAUAUGACGGUCCUCACGGCCUUGUUCAUAUUCCUGUCGUCAGCCAAGAACCACUACGAUCCCCAGUCGAUAUGGACCCUCAGUGGCACAUGCCUACGAAUUGGCCAGCGGCUCGGCCUUCAACGUGAUGGUUACCAUCUGGGUUUAUCCCCGUUUGAGGUUGAGAUGCGUCGCCGGCUCUGGUGGCAGAUAUGGAUGUUCGACGGGUCAUUGGAAGAAAUGGUCGGAUCAGGCUCACCACUCCUCGACCGCCUCUCUGACACCCAAUUUCCUUGCAAUAUCAACGAUGCCGACAUCUGGCCGGGAAUGACCACCCCUCCCACCGAACGCACUGGCCCCACUGAAAUGAUAUUCUGCCGGCUCCGCUGGCAUAUCGGUCGCUUCUUCCGGCACGCCCCGCGCGGGAAAGGCUUCGACGGUCGCUGGGAACUCUUAUCCGGCAACCAGUUCACCCUCGCGGAAAAGGACGCGGCCAUUGAUGAGCUCGAGCAAUACGUGGAGCGGCAGUUCGUCCGCUACCUCGACCCGCUGGAGCCGCUUCAUGUGCUCUGCUCGAUCGCCAGUCGGGCGAUUCUGACCACGCUGCGUUUCGUUGCACACCACCCUCGUCAAUAUGUCAACGAUGCAGAGGUACCGCAGGCGGAGCGUGAUCUGCUCUACGAACUAAGCCUGAAGAGUUUGGAGUACGUGAUUAUCUCAUUCCAGACGCCGGCGAUCGAGCGAUUCGACUGGCACUUCCGGUUUCAGUUCCCGUGGCGCCCGUUCAUAUACCUGCUGCACGAGUUGACCAAGCGGCUGGAUGGAGACGACGUAGAGCAGGCGUGGCGGAAGAUCGACGAGUUGUUUCGAGGUCGGUCGGAUAUGCUGCUGCAGUCGAACAACCUGCUUCACGCGGCGGCCGGCAACCUGGCGCUGAAGGCAUGGGCGGCAAGGGAAAAGAAGUCGGUGGAGGAGGGGAAGAAGCGAGGGGGGAUGGGAGAGCCAUUACGGACGCCGCAAUUCGUCACGACUCUGAAAGCGCUGAGGGAGAAGAGGGAUGGACGAUCACGGAAUGGAAACGACUCGUGGCGGCAGGACGUGGACGAGCAACUUACAGAUGGAGUGACCAUGAUGGAGGAGCCAUUGAACGAGCUUCAUGGACUAGUUGAUAUGUCAUCAUUCGAAUUUGAUUUCUCGUUGCAAGAUUCGGGAUUCAACUGGAUGGAAUGGGACGAGAUGUUGUCUGGCAACAGGGCCUUCCAUCCCGGAGGCCAGCAAGAAGAUCGACGUCCACAAUCCUUCGACGAGGCAAUGGGCCAGGCGGGGUGAUACAGUCGUCGAUGCCGAGACGGAUCUACAUAGGAUGCAGAUUAAGCUUUAAUCAAUUCCUCCAAGGAUAUCGUCGAGCUGUACAUGUACGAUACAACGUCAGAUUUCAGAAGCACAAAAU